AUGCCUACAUUAAAUCAAUUGAUUCGUCAUGGUAGAGAAGAAAAACGGCGCACGGACCGUACUCGAGCUUCGGAUCAAUGUCCCCAGAAGCAAGGAGUACGCCCGCGUGUUUCAACGAGAACACCGAAAAAACCAAAUUCAGCUCCACGUAAGAUAGCCAAAGUACGAUUGAGCAAUCGACAUGAUAUAUUUGCUCACAUUCCGGGCGAAGGUCAUAAUUCGCAGGAACAUUCUAUGGUCUUAAUAAGAGGAGGUAGAGUUAAAGAUUUGCCAGGUGUUAAAUCCCAUUGUAUUCGAGGAGUCAAGGAUUUGUUGGGAAUUCCGGAUCGAAGAAGAGGCAGAUCAAAAUAUGGUGCAGAAAAACCCAAAUCGAUAUGA